AGUUGGAUGGUCUGGCAGCACCGUUGUAAAUAAAAAAAAAAGUUGAAUAUAAAUUGUUUACAAUCUGCCGGUGGCAAUUUAAUUGAGAAAUGGCAGAUGCUUGGGACAUAAAAUCGCUCAAGUCGAAGCGGAAUACUCUCCGCGAAAAGCUGGAGAAGCGCAAGAAGGAGCGCAUCGAGAUCCUGUCGGACAUCCAAGAGGAUCAAGCCAACCCCAAGAAGGAACUGGUGGAGGCCGACCUUGAAAUACAGAAGGAGGUUCUACUGACACUCAGCUCAUGUUCGCUGGCCCUGCCUAUCGUGUCCACACAGGUGGUGGAAAAGAUACCCGGGAGCAGCUUGGAAAUGGUCAACUUUAUACUGGGAAAACUGGCCAACCAGGGCGCAAUUGUAAUUCGGAAUGUCACCAUUGGCACAGAGACCGGCUGUGAAAUCAUAUCAGUGCAGCCCAAGGAGCUAAAGGAGAUCCUGGAAGACACCAAUGACACCUGCCAGCAACGGGAGGAGGAGGCCAAGCGUAAAGCAUCUGACGUAACUGAGGUUGAGGAAGACGAGGAGCCCCAGGAGAAAACCAUAAAACUGGAUACGAGUGCUCCUCGCAAAGAGUCGACCAGCCUCGAUGCUCCCGAUGACAUUAUGAUGCUGCUCUCCAUGCCAUCUACGCGCGAGAAGCAAAGCAAGCAGGUGGGCGAAGAAAUCCUGGAGCUGCUGACCAAGCCCACAGCCAAGGAGAGGUCCGUGGCAGAGAAGUUCAAAUCCCAUGGUGGGGCACAGGUGAUGGAAUUUUGCUCGCACGGCACCAAAGUGGAAUGCCUGAAAGCGCAGCAGGCGACAGCCGAAAUGGCUGCCAAAAAGAAACAAGAGCGAAGGGAUGAGAAAGUUAUAGAGGCUGUCACUACCAAGACGAAGCCCGCGGACUCCGGCGCCGAGGAUGGCGAGAUCAUCUCAGAAUCGCUAAACUGUGAGGUCGAGUCCCAAGAGUCUACCGAUGGCAGUGACAGUUCCAGCGGCGAAACACCAGACAAGUGCACGAAACUGCACUUCAAGAAGAUUAUCCAGUCCCACACGGACGAGUCCUUAGGGGAUUGCAGUUUCCUGAACACCUGCUUUCACAUGGCCACUUGCAAGUACGUCCACUACGAAGUGGACACCCUACCGCACAUCAACACCAACAAGCCAACGGAUGUGAAGACCAAGCUGAGCCUCAAGCGCAGCGUGGACUCCAGUUGCACACUUUAUCCACCGCAGUGGAUCCAGUGCGACCUCCGCUUCCUGGAUAUGACUGUGCUGGGCAAGUUUGCUGUGGUAAUGGCUGAUCCCCCGUGGGACAUUCACAUGGAGCUGCCUUAUGGCACCAUGUCGGACGAUGAGAUGCGAGCCUUGGGAGUGCCAGCUCUCCAGGACGACGGCCUUAUCUUCCUGUGGGUCACUGGACGAGCCAUGGAGCUGGGUCGGGAUUGCCUCAAGCUUUGGGGCUACGAGCGCGUGGAUGAACUUAUUUGGGUGAAGACGAACCAAUUGCAGCGCAUUAUCCGCACCGGACGGACGGGUCACUGGCUGAACCACGGCAAAGAGCACUGUCUGGUGGGCAUGAAAGGAAAUCCCACAAACCUGAACCGCGGCCUCGACUGCGACGUCAUCGUGGCGGAGGUGCGGGCCACCUCUCACAAACCGGACGAGAUCUACGGCAUUAUCGAGCGCCUGAGUCCGGGUACACGGAAAAUAGAGCUCUUCGGCCGGCCUCACAAUAUCCAGCCCAACUGGAUAACACUGGGUAACCAGUUGGAUGGCAUCCGACUGGUAGAUCCCGAAUUGAUUACUCAGUUCCAGAAGCGAUAUCCGGACGGUAACUGCAUGUCCCCGGCGGCGGCCAGUGCGGCGGCUAUCAACGGAAUACAGAAAUAGAACAAA